AUGUCCACCUUGACGUUCUGGAAGCCAGGAACUGCUGGACCUGGAAGCACACUUGACAGGGCAACAGAGGAGGAAGGAAAUGUGGUUCAAUCUGCGCCUUCACAUGGCUCCCUUUCUAUACAAGCGCAGCGUGAACGACUGCCCAUUUGGCAACACCGACAAAAACUUUUGCAUUGCAUAGAACAGUAUGGUGUCACAAUCGUUGUCGGUCAAACAGGGUCAGGAAAAACAACUCAACUACCCCAGUAUCUCCUAGAAUCUGGAUGGGCGUCCGAAUGCAAUGUGAUUGUCUGCACCCAACCACGACGCGUCGCGGCAACGUCUGUCGCUAUCAGAGUUGCAGCAGAAGUCGGUACCCUUCUUGGGGAUGAGGUUGGAUAUACUAUUCGCUUCGAAGACGUCAGUGACAAGGAGCGAACCCGAAUAUGCUACAUGACUGAUGGCAUGCUCUUUCGAGAGACGUUGAUCGAUCCUCUCCUCUCGCGCUACAGCGUCAUUAUGAUUGACGAGGCGCACGAGCGAAGUCUUUACACAGAUUUACUUCUGGGUGUCUUGAAGAAAAUCAGGCGUAAGCGCCCAUCGCUUCGGCUGAUAGUGUCAUCAGCUACUUUGGAUGCUAGAUCAUUCUUAGAAUACUUCACUUCGGGGACGCAUCCAGAUGACGCCACUAUUGUUAGUCUGGAAGGGCGCAUGUUUCCUGUUGAAGUUGCUUACCUUCAAGAGUCCGCUCCAGACUAUGUGAGGAAGGCAGUGGAGGUUGCAUGGAACAUUAACCUGCAGCACGGCGCUGGUGACAUUUUGAUAUUCCUGACGGGACGUGAAGAAAUAGAAAGAUGCUUAGAGGAACUCGCAGAACUUCUUCCUACACUUCCGCGAGGAGCCACACAGAUAAUUCCUCUUGCUCUGCACGCUGGCCUAAGCACGGAAGAACAGCUCAGGGUUUUCAAUAUUGCGGAACGAGGGACGCGAAAGGUUAUUGCCGCCACAAACAUCGCGGAAGCCAGCGUCACCAUCGAUGGAGUGAAAUUUGUUGUCGACAGUGGGUUCGUAAAGAUACGGACGUACAAUCCAACCACUUUCCUUGCCUCACUGUUGACAGUCCCUGUUUCCCAAGCAUCUGCCAUACAGAGGGCUGGUCGCGCCGGACGGACCUCACCAGGAAUUUGCUAUCGAUUAUACCCUAAUUCCGUUUUCGCUUCUCUUCCUACAAGCACACCGCCUGAGAUCACGCGCACUGAUAUGACCACUCCAAUUCUGCAACUAAAGUCCCUAGGUAUAGAUGACCUUAUGAAGUUUGAAUGGGUCUCCGCACCUCCAGCAGAAAGCAUUCUCCGUGCGCUCGAGGGGCUCUUUGCUGCAGGAAUGAUUGGCGACGAUGGCCUCCUCACUCCAAUCGGCGAGCGAGUUGCAGAAUGCCCCAUCGAGGUCAAUAUAGCGAGAAUGCUUUUCACCUCGAAGGACUUCAAUUGCGGUGAAGAAAUUCUCACAAUUGCUGCCAUGAUUUCAAUACAAGAUGCCUUUGUUAUACCUGAUGGUGCUCCCGGAGCGAUUGCCGAACUGGAGAGACGAAAAUUUACAGCCGAGGAAGGGGAUCAUCUGACCCUUUUAAAUGCAUAUAAUGCUUUCACUAAAUACGGUCGAUCUUCAUCAUGGUGUAAAGCUCAUGCUCUCAACUUCCGCGCCAUGUCAAGAGCGGUGUCGAUUCGGUCCCAGUUGAAGAAAUACAUGAUUCGCUUCAAUUUACCACUCCAGAGCUGCGAAGGUGAUGCUAAGCGGCUUCGGCAAUGUUUGGUCAGUGGGUAUUGGCGCAACGGUGCCCGAUGGGUUGCAGAUGGAACGUACCGGUCGGUGAAGGGAAACAAAACUCUAUAUGUUCACCCAACAUCUGUGCUUUUCACUCGGAAGUCGCGGACUGGAUGGGUGGUCUUCCACGAAGUGGAAGAAACCAAAAAGACGCAGAUAAGAAUACUCUCAGAAAUCGAACCAGACUGGUGA